GCAUAUUGCACCUUUACACUGUUUCGGAUCUGCUCGUCCCUGACAGGCGGAGAUAACCCGUGCAGCUCCAGCACGGGUUUCGGAAUAAAGUGACUUGAUUAGUCACAUCUCGUUACAGGCACCUCCCUCGUACUUUGGCGAGAGAAUGUAUGACGUCUGAUGCUAACGCUGUGUGGUGAUUUGACUGAGUGAAAAGGUGGAGGCAGAGUGCUUGUACAAAUACUCGUCUGAAUGCAGCUGGAACUCAAGUAAGGCAGAUUAUAGAAGAACAAAAAAAUAAUUAUAAAAGAUAAACCGUCAAGCGAUUAGAGUUAAAGAGAAACGGACAGUGGAAUUAUUUUUGCUGCACAUCCUUACAGACAUAGCUGCCAAACUAUCAGCAAGCUGUCGGAAGAUUAACAACACAGAAGCUCAAUGUAAAAAGGAUUGCAAAUAGUGGCAGUAGACUAUUGCAUUAAUUUAUUUAUGAAAGACAGACCUCUCAUUUUAUGCGGAUCAUGUAACUGGAUAGCUCAGUUAAAAAUUCAGUUAUUGCACUUGUGGAAGUGCAGUUUAUCCACAGGUGAACAAAAAUGGGAGGCAAUUUGGGUUGUCACCGCUCAAUCCCGAAAGAUCCAGCGGACUUGUGUCACAAGAACAAGCGCAAAUUCAGCGCAGCGUGCAACUUUAGCAACAUUUUGGUGAACCAGGAGAGGCUGAACAUCAACACAGCCACUGAAGAGGAGAUGAUGACACUGCCUGGGGUAAACCGCAUGGUCGCCCAGAACAUAGUAGAGUACCGCGAGUGUAUAGGGGGCUUCAAGAAAGUGGAGGACUUGGCUUUGGUGAGCGGGGUCGGUGCUGCCAAACUGGAGCAGAUCAAGCUAGAGAUCUGUGUGAGCAACAGGACGGGCUCCACCCAGCAUUCACCGAGCUCCAUGCGCAAAGACCUGAACCAGGAGCACCUGGCUUACACCAGGAUCAACAUCAAUACAGCCACGUCGGCUCAGCUGAUGAGCAUCCGUGGCAUCACCGAAAAGAUCGCCAAGAAUAUCGUAGUCUACCGCCAGCAGCACGGAACUUUCAAAAGCAUAGAGGACCUGGUUAAAGUCGCUUAUAUCAACUCCUCAUUUCUGGAUAAAAUCAGGUUUCAAAUAUUUGCAGAGCGUUCCCGACCGCCGUCAGCAAACACCAAUGGUGGGGUAACUUUUACUUCCAAGUCGCAUCCCAGCCCGACUUCUCUGAGCCUUCAGAGUGAGGAUCUGGACUUUCCACCGGGUGGACCGACACAAAUAAUCUCGGUCCGGCAGAAUGUAGAAACGUUCUCUGGUCUACGUGACGGCAAACCGGUCCUGAGGUUAGCAACCUGGAACCUGCAGUGCUGCUCGUCUGAAAAGGCAAACAACCCCGGAGUGCGGGAGGUGGUGUGCAUGACGCUUCUAGAGAACGGCAUCAAGCUUUUGGCGGUUCAGGAGCUGGCUGACAGAGACGCAUUGGAAAAGCUUUGUGCAGAACUGAACCAGUCGACACUGCCCAGCGUCCGCAAGUGGAAGGGCGCCCGAGGAUCCUGGAAAUGUGCCGUCUCGGACAGGCCUGCAGGACAGUCACAAAAGGGCUCAGAGUUUGCUGGAUACCUGUGGGACAGUACUUUUGGAAUUGAGCUGAAGGAUUCCACCCUGCUAGAAAGUCCACAAGCCAAUGGCAAUGGAAAGCAAACUUACCCUAAACCAUACCUUGCACAGUUUAAGAUUGGAGUGUCUGAAGUAACACUAGUAAAUAUACACCUGGCACUGCCACCUGCUGGAGGAGAAGCCAAUGACAAGAAUCACACUGAAAACCACAAGCUGUCACUCUUUACUGAGACUCUACAGGAAACACUUAAAGGAGAAAAAGACUUGAUCAUCCUUGGGGACUUCAGUCUGCCUCCAGAUAGCAGUGAGUUUGACGUGUUAAGAAAAGAGAAGUUUUCUCCGCUGGUCCCCACAAGCUCUUUCACUAACAUUAGCACCAAGAACCCCCAGGGGUCCAAGUCCCUUGACAACAUUUGGGUCAGCCGCUCUCUUAAGAAGGCUCACACAGGUCACUGGGUUGUCAUGAGGGAAGGCCUUACCAAUCCAUGGAUCCCAGAUAACUGGUCUUGGGGUGGAGUAGCUUCAGACCACUGCCCAGUGUUUGCUGAAUUUUACGCAGACUCCCACAAGAAGGAGCCAGUUCGCAACGGAAAUGGAGUGACUGUCGUUGAACACAGCGAAGCGAAUCCCAAUCACGAACGGUGACAAGAUUCAGACUGAAAAAAAGGGAUACUGUUCUUUUAGAGUUCUAUUCAAGGUAGCAUGAAUGAAGUGUACCAACAUUGAAUGUGAAAAGCAGUCUGCCUUUUUCUUUUUCGUCUUCAAAUCCAAUUUGGGUGUUGUGCUUCAAAGAUUAAAUAACAAUUAUUUUAUUGUUUUGGAUAUAUAUAUAUACAUACAUACAUACAUACAUACAUACAUACAUACAUACAUACAUACAUACAUACACAUACAUACAUACAUAUACACAUACAUACAUACAUACAUACAUACAUACAUACAUAUAUAUAUAUAUAUAUAUAUAUACAUCGUAUUCCCUCGAAUUUAAAAAAAAAUCAAAUAAAGAUGCAUUUACAAAGAUGCAUUUACUCAUGUAAGAAAAUGCCGUAUGGAGGCAGUUUGCAGCUGUCUGCUGUCACACAGAGCAUUACAGUUAUGUGCUGCUUCUCAUUUUCAGUUAUGAUAACUCACGCCUGUUUUUCUCCCUUUUUGUGAACUGUGGAAUUGCUUGGCAAGAAGAAAAAUAUGGGGGUCUGAUUAGAACUGAGCCUAAUAAUAAAACGCUGAAACUGUAUAAGCUUCUCUUCGAAUUUCUCAGGAAGCUAAUGAUGCUUUGGGACAGGGAGGACCCUAUCGCUGUCAGUCAAGAAUCUAGUGCUCUUCUUUGAGAAGGCUGGAGUUCCAAUGCAGGAACUAGUAUUUGAGGCCCUGACCCUUUGCUGCUUUCAUUAUAAAUGGUUGAAGUCAGCUGUCAUGGAGACAGUAUUUAUAUUGAUAAGGCUGUAAUUAUUUAAGCAUACAGACCCAGCUAGGCCGCCCAGGUUAUUACACUUAGUGAUUCAAUACAUGUUACAUUUCGAAGACUUUUUUUAACAUUAAACUUCCCUCUAAGUUACUAAUUGUAUUCUACCAUAGAUUAAAUGCUCUUCCUUCAUCCAUUCCCCAGAGGAACACAACGUUUAAAAAGGUUGGAUCUAUUUCAAUCAACUUUUUAUAGCUUUGUUUUAAUAACACUGAAAGUGGAAUGAUAUCUAUAUUGAUUAAAUUGGAACAUCAUCCACUGAAAACACUAUGUAACACCAUUUUUGUUCCUGGGUAGUAAGUGUUAUUUCUUAAUUGC